UGCAAUUAUUCCUGAAAAUCAUCAGUACAUGCAUAUAUUAUUCUCUUCAAAUUGGACAAAUCCCUCACUCCAAUCUUCUUAGCAUUCAUAACGAUUGUUUGAAGAAAAUGGCGAGCAUCCAUGAACUGGAACCGUCACGCAGUAACGAUGAGUACUGCGAAACUGAUGAAGAAGAAGAAGAAGAAGAUAAUGAAGACGAAGAAGACGACAAGUUUCACGGCUGCAGUAGGAGCGUAUUCGGCGGCGGCGGCGCUCGCCGCCGUGGCGGAUUAUUGUGCGGCCUGUUUGGGAAGGUUUUGGACCCGAGGGCGACGUGGGUUCAAGAAUGGAACCGGGUUUUCCUGCUAGUAUGCGCCGCCGGGCUGUUCGUGGACCCUCUGUUCUUCUACGCCCUCUCCAUAAGCGACAACUGCAUGUGCCUCUUCGUCGACGGCUGGUUCGCCACCACCGCCACCGUCCUCCGCUGCAUGACCGACGCCUUGCACCUCUGCAACAUGUGGGUGCAGUUCAAGACGGACACGCGGCGGCGGACGCAGGCUUUCGCCGCCGCCGGCGACGACGACGAUGCCAGACGGCAACACGACAACCUCGUCACCCGCCGCGCCGCCGCGUCUCGAUAUCUUAAAGCUAAAAAGGGUUUCCUCUUUGAACUCUUCGUCAUCCUUCCUUUACCCCAGAUAGUAUUAUGGGUGACGACUCCGGCGUUACUGGAGAAGGGGUCGACGGCGACGGUGAUGACGGUGUUCUUGAUCGUCUUCCUCUUCCAAUACCUUCCGAAGAUCUAUCAUUCCGUCGGCCACUUACGCCGGAUGCAGAACUUCUCCGGCGGCUACAUAUUCGGCACCGUUUGGUGGGGAAUCGCUCUCAACAUGAUCGCAUAUUUCGUAGCCUCUCAUGCUGUAGGGGCAUGUUGGUAUUUGCUAGGGAUACAAAGGGCUGUUAAGUGCUUGAAAGAGCAAUGCGGAGCGAGUAAGGGUUGCAGCCCGGGAUUGCUGGCUUGUGAAGACCAAAUUUAUUUUGGAACCACCACGCUGGCCGCCGACCGUCCAGCACGGUGGCUGUGGGCGGAGAACCACCAGGCAAGGACAACUUGCCUGGCCGACGACGAUAAAUUCGCUUAUGGAGCUUAUCAAUGGACGGUUCAACUCGUCACAAACGAGAACCGUUUGGAGAAGAUUCUCCUUCCCAUCUUCUGGGGUCUCAUGACUCUCAGUACUUUUGGUAACUUGGAGAGCACGACAGAUUGGCUAGAACUGGUUUUCAUCAUCGUCGUUCUCACCAGCGGGCUUCUUCUGGUCACCAUGUUGAUCGGAAACAUCAAGGUGUUUCUGAAUGCGACGACGUCGAAGAAACAAGUGAUGCAUUUGAAGAUGCGGAACAUGGAGUGGUGGAUGAGGAGGCGGCGGUUGAAGCCGGAGCUCCGGCAGAGAGUGAGGAACUACGAGCGGACGCGCUGGGCGGCGAUGCGCGGCGUCGAUGAGUGCCAAAUUAUCCGAAAUCUGCCGGAAGGCCUCCGGAGAGACAUCAAAUAUCAUCUCUGCUUGGACUUGGUUAGACAGGUACCGUUGUUUCAGCAUAUGGAUAGUUUGGUCCUCGAGAACAUAUGUGAUCGUGUGAAAUCUCUUAUAUUUACAAAAGGAGAAACGAUAACCAGAGAGGGAGAUCCGGUGAAGAGAAUGUUGUUUAUAGUUCGAGGCCAUCUCCAGAGCAGCCAACAACUCCGGGACGGCGUGAAGAGUUGCUGCAUGUUAGGUCCGGGGAACUUCAGCGGCGACGAGCUUCUCUCCUGGUGUCUCCGCCGCCCCUUCAUCGAGCGCCUCCCGCCCUCUUCCUUCACGCUCACAACCCUCGAAACCACCGAGGCUUUCGGCCUCGACGCCGAGGACGUCAAGUACGUCACGCAGCACUUCCGCUACACCUUCGUGAAGGAGAAGGUGAAGAGGAGCGCGCGGUAUUACUCGCCGGGAUGGAGAACCUGGGCCGCCGUCGCCAUUCAGCUCGCCUGGCGCCGCUAUAAGCACCGCCUCACGCUCUGCUCGCUGCCGUUUAUAAUGCCGAGGAGGCCGCCCACGCGGUGUUCGUCGAUCGAAGAAGAUCGCCUCAGACUUUAUACGGCUAUCUUGACUUCCUCCAAGCCUAAUCAAGACGAGUUUGAUUUCUAAGCGUUAGGUAGUUGUUCAUCCCAAAUUAUAUUAAUAUAUCAAACUUUAAGGUUUAUUUA